AUGUUACCCUAGGAAGAGGCCUGGUAGAAGAGGAAGAGGCAAGAAAAGUCAUCAGGGAUGGCUCUUUCUCAGGGAGAGUUGACGUUCAGGGAUGUUGCCAUCGAAUUCUCUCAGGAGGAGUGGAGGUGCCUGGACCCUGGCCAGAGAGAUUUAUACAAGGACGUAAUGUUGGAGAACUACUGGAACCUUGUGUCCCUAGGAAUCUCUCAUUUUGACAUGAAUAUCAUCUCCAUGUUGGAGGAAGGAAAAGAGCCCUGGACUGUGAAGAGCUAUGUGAAAAUAGCAAGGAAACGAAAUGUGUGGAAAUAUAGCAAAGGCGUGAUUACAGAUAUCACUCCUAAAUGUAUAAUGAAGGAUUUGCUACCAAAAGGGAAGAGCAUUGCAGGAGCAAUGUUCUACACAGGGAUGUUGGAAAGACAUGAAAGCCAUGACAUUGACAACUUUACCUUCAAGGAACUCCAGAAAAAUAUACAUGACGUUGAGUGUCAGUGGAGAGAUAAUGAAGGACACUAUAAAGGAGUAUUUAUGACCCCCAAAGAAAAUCUUACACGUAGAAGAGAUCAACAUAAUAGAAGGAAUAAAGGAAACAAGCUUACUAACAAUCACCUUGGAGUAGGCUUACUGUCACAUCUGCCUGAACUGCAGUUAUUUCCAGGCGAUGUUUGUAACAUUUAUGAAUGUAAUCAAGUUAAGAAGUCUACCAACCAUGGUUCCUCAGGUUCACCACUUCAGCAAAUUCCUUCUAGUGUAAAAACUCACAGUUCUAAAACAUAUAUAGAUGAAUUUAUCCGUUUUUCAUUACUCACACAAAGGCAAAAAAACAAUUGGAAAAAACCUUGCAAAUGCAAUGAAUGUGGCAAAAUGUUCACUCAGAGUUCACACCUUACCAGUCAUAGGAGAAUCCACAGUGGAGAGAAGCCGUACAAAUGUACUGAGUGCGGCAAAACCUUUAGGGUUCGAUCAAACCUAACUAUCCAUCAGGUCAUCCAUACUGGAGAAAAACCUUACAAAUGUCAUGAGUGUGGCAAGGUCUUUAGACACAAUUCAUACCUUGCCACUCAUCGCAGAAUUCAUAGUGGAGAAAAACCUUACAAGUGUAAUGAGUGUGGCAAAGCCUUUAGGGGACAUUCAAAUCUAACUACCCAUCAGUUGAUCCAUACUGGAGAAAAACCUUUCAAAUGUAAUGAGUGUGGCAAGCUCUUCACUCAGAAUUCACACCUUGCGAGUCAUCGGAGAAUUCAUACUGGAGAGAAACCUUACAAGUGCACCGAGUGUGGCAAAGCCUUUAGUGUGCGUUCAAGCCUAGCUAUCCACCAGACAAUCCAUACUGGAGAAAAACCUUACAAAUGUAAUGAAUGUGGCAAGGUCUUUAGGUACAAUUCAUACCUUGGAAGGCAUCGGAGAGUUCACACUGGAGAGAAACCUUACAAGUGUAAUGAGUGUGGGAAAGCCUUUAGUAUGCAUUCAAACCUGACUACCCAUCAGGUCAUCCAUACUGGAACAAAACCUUUCAAAUGUAAUGUAUGCAGCAAGGUUUUUACUCAGAAUUCACAGCUGGCAAAUCAUCGAAGAAUCCAUACUGGAGAGAAACCUUAUAAGUGUAAUGAGUGCGGCAAAGCCUUUAGUGUGCGAUCAAGCCUCACUACCCAUCAGGCAAUCCAUACUGGAGAGAAACCUUACAAAUGUAUUGAGUGUGGCAAGAGCUUCACUCAGAAAUCACACCUUACAAGUCAUCGGGGAAUUCAUUCUGGAGAGAAACCUUACAAGUGUAAUGAAUGUGGCAAAGUCUUCACUCAAACUUCACAACUUGCGAGGCAUUGGAGAGUUCAUACCGGAGAGAAACCUUACAAGUGUAGUGAGUGUGGCAGAGCCUUCAGUGAUCGUUCAAGCCUAACUCUUCAUCAGGCAAUCCAUACUGGGGAAAAACCUUAUAAAUGUCACGAGUGUGGCAAGGUCUUCAGGCACAAUUCAUACCUUGCAACUCAUCGCAGAAUUCAUACUGGUGAGAAACCUUACAAGUGUAAUGAGUGUGGCAAAGCCUUCAGUAUGCAUUCAAACCUAACAACCCAUAAGGUCAUCCACACUGGAGAAAAACCUUACAAAUGUAACGAGUGUGGCAAGGUCUUUACUCAAAAUUCACACCUUGCAAAUCAUCGAAGAAUUCAUACUGGAGAGAAACCUUACAGAUGCAAUGAGUGUGGGAAAGCUUUUAGUGUGCGUUCAACCCUAACUACCCACCAAGCAAUUCAUACUGGGAAAAAGCCAUACAAAUGUAAUGACUGUGGCAAAGUCUUUACUCAGAAUGCACACCUGGCAAAUCACCGAAGAAUUCAUACUGGAGAGAAACCUUACAGUUGUGGAGUAUGUGGGAAAUCCUUUAGGGUGCGCUCAAGCCUAACUACCCACGAGGCAAUCCAUACUGGAGAUAAACCUUACAAAUGUAACAAAUGUGGCAAAGUCUUCAGGCAAAGUUCAAACCUUGCCAGCCAUCUCAGAAUGCAUAGCGGAGAGAAACCUUACAAAUGAGUGUGGCAAGGUUCCUCAGUCACGAUUCACUCCUUUCACAACAUUAGAAAAUGCAUUCUUGAGAGAAUCCUUACACAUGCAGUGACCAUGGCCACCUGCUCAUGACCGUAAGCAUUAGUAAAUAGCGGAGUCUAUGAUAAAGAGACAUCAUAUAGAUACAUUGGCAGAGGCUUUAUCCAGGCCACACAGCGCUAGGCAUCAAAAUUCACAACUUUGAUGAAACCACACAACUGUAAUGUGUAUAUUGAUGCCAUUACCCAGUGACUGUAACUGUAGGUGGGAUUCGUAUGGGGAAGAUCUCAGUCUCUAGUUCCCUUAUUAACCUUUGAUAUUAUAUACUGCAGAGUAAUUGCUAGUCCAAAUAUGUUAAAACGUAUAUGAUAUACUCACAUAUUAAAGGUUGCAGGAUAUUUGCAAGUGGCUAGUUACCAGCAGGAUAUAAAAUAUAGUAUUGAAUUGUUAAAGGUUUCUUGAAAAGCCUACUGAUAAGAUUUUAAAACAACUUUAAUACUUUAAUAAAGUCUGUUGAUGAAAUGCA